GACCCACAGGAUCUCUGUCCCCUGCUCCUGGCCUGCGUCUUUCCUUCACUGCCUGCGCGCUGCGCGUGCGGAGGGCGCGCGGGUUCCGGGGCGCCAGGCGCGCAGCCUAGGGCUCGGCUCCGCAGCCUCUCCGGAGCGACGAUGGUGGCGCAGCGGGUGCUUCUUCUAGUCGUAUAUUUACUGCCUGCGCUCCUGCUCUCAGAGGCCGCCAAAAUCCUGACUAUAUCCUCACUGGGUGGAAGCCAUAGUCUACUAAUGCACCGGGUGUCUCAGAUUCUUCAGGAUCAUGGUCAUAACGUCACUAUGCUUUCUAAUAGAGGAAGAAGUCUAGCCUCAGAUUUAGAAAAGGAGGAACACUCAUUCCAGGUUAUCAGUUGGCAUUCACCUGGAGAUCUUGAAAAUGAAAUAAGGAAACGUCUGGAUUUGUUUGUGACAGAAGCUUUGCACAACAGAAAAAAAUCCAAACACUUUGUAAAUUUAAUGGAAAUACUUGGGACUCGAUGCAGUUAUUUGCUAAGGAGACGUGAUAUCAUGGAUUCCUUAAAGAAUGAGAACUUCGACCUGAUAGUUGUUGAUGCCUUUGACUUCUGUUCAUUUCUAAUUGCUGAGAAACUCGGGAAGCUGUUUGUGUCCAUUCUUUCCACAUUAGUUAGCAGACUGGACUUUGGCCUGCCAAGCCCCUUGUCUUAUGUUCCAGUAUUCCAGUCUUUCCUAACUGACCAUAUGGACUUCUGGGGUAGAGUGAAGAAUGUUCUGAUGUCACUUGUUUUCUCUGUGGAGCAGUGGCAAAUACACUCUACCUUUGACCACACCAUCAAAGAACAUUUCCAGGAAGGUUCUAGGCCAGUUUUAUCUCAUCUUCUAAAGAAAGCAGAGCUGUGGUUUGUCAGUUCUGACUUUGCCUUUGAAUUUGCUCGGCCUCUGUUUCCCAACACUGUGAAUGUUGGAGGCUUAAUGGUCAAACCUAUUAAACCAGUACCACAGGAACUUGAGAAUUUCAUUGCCAAAUUUGGAGACUCUGGUUUUGUCCUUGUGGCCUUGGGCUCCAUCGUGAGCAGAUAUCAAUCUCAGGAGAUUCUCAAGGAGAUGAAUGCUGCCUUUGCUCGUCUCCCUCAAGGGGUGAUUUGGAAAUGUAAGCCUUCUCAUUGGCCCAGAGAUGUCAAAUUGGCAGCAAAUGUAAAAAUCAUGGACUGGCUUCCUCAGAAUGACCUCUUGGCGCACCCUCGCAUCCGCCUUUUUGUCACUCAUGGUGGGAUGAACAGUAUCAUGGAGGCCAUCCAGCAUGGUGUGCCCAUGGUGGGGAUUCCUGUCUUUGAAGACCAGGAUGAAAACCUUCUCCGAGUAGAAACCAGAAAGUUCGGUGUCUCUAUCCAGUUAGAGCAGAUGAAGGCUGAGACAUUGGCUCUGAAGAUGAAGCAAGUCAUGGAAGACAAGAGGUACAAAUCUGCCACAGAGGCUGCCAGGAUCAUCAGACGCUCACAGCCUCUGACCCCUGCCCAGCGGCUGGUGGGCUGGAUCGACCACAUCCUCCAGACAGGGGGUGCAGCCCACCUCAAGCCCCAUGCCUUCCAGCAGCCGUGGUAUGAGCAGUACCUACUGGACGUCCUCUUGUUCCUGCUGGUGGUCACCCUGGGCACCGCAUGGCUCUGUGGGAAGCUUCUGGGCCUGGUAGCCAGGUGGCUGUGUGGGGCCAGGAAACUGAAGAAGGCCUGAGGCAAAGUAGAGCCUUGGAGAGGGUGUGCUGGGGAGCCACUGGUUCUUUGAAGUCUUCCCCCAGCACUGUACUUGCCUCCUCCCCUUCACUUUUACUUGAUGAUAGAACACGCAUUUCCCUUACUUUUUGUCUCUGUUUAGAAAUCUUUAUGAAGAACUCUUGGGGUGCUUUUUAAAGAUACUGUGGUAAAGAAUACAUCACAUGCAAUUUACCAUUUUAAUCAUUAAGUAAUAGUUCAGUGGCAUGAAGUACAUUCACUCAGCUGUGCAAACAUCAUUAUCCUCCAAUUCCAGAACUCUACUCAUCUUUCCAAACUAACAUUCCACACAGGUUAAAUGAUACCCCGCCCCCCAGCUUUCCUUAACCACCAUCAAGGUUCUAGCAGCCCAUGUCUACUUUUGUGUCUGAAUCUACACUUGAGCUUCUGGAUUGCCCUUGACCAAGGACGCCUCUCCUCAGCCCAGCCUGCUCCUUCCUCCCUUGUGAUCCCUGCACAUGGUGCUCUGAUCACUCAGCCUCCCUUGUCCAGGAGCCUUCUCAGGCUCUUUCCCCGUUUCUCUUUCACUUUUCAUAAAACUCACAUGACCUGUUUGGUCAGUUUUUCCUUGUGGGCCUUCCUCUUGCAUUUCCUUUUCAUCUCAUCUUACAGCUCAGGAAGCCUGGCCUCUGUCCUGCAGGUUAGCAGGGACACCCCUGUGAGGACUUGGUCCCCUCCUGUGCAGAGUACCUCCUUCACUCUCAGGCCUGGAGCCUGCCUUUGGUCCACAACUGAGGCCACCUGUUGCCCAUGUUUCAAUGUUCCGUCCUCAAGAUCCCCACUUGAAUAAUUAGGGUUACGAAAACCUAAGUGGAGAAAUGGAACCUCCAUGCAAGGCUUGGGGCCUUAGGUCCAGGAGCCAUGGCUGGCCCAAACCUUUUGAUACAGGAAACAUUCCAUCUGCCAUCCCACCUAGCAAAGAAUAUCCCUACAUGUGGUAAACCCUUAGGGAUGACAUUCAGUUCCUAGUAACAGAAGCUAGAAAAAGAGUGGCUUACACAGUGGAGUUUUAAAGUGUUUUUUUUAUUUCCUGGACACAGCCUGGAGACAUGUGGUGGAGAGCUGGGGUGAUGACUCAUCCUGCUGUCUGUAGCUUAAAAAAAAAUUUUUUUUUUGAACACCUGUCCUGUACUGUUCUUCUAAGUUGCCUCUCUGGUUUGUUGUUCUCAUGAAAUAUUUCACCUUCAGUGAUCCUGUCUUCCUGUUUGCUUUUGCAUUCUGAAAUGGAGUUAAAUUCCUCCUUAAAAAUUUCAUCAUGUGGUAUCCAGUGGAUUAAAACAUGAUGAAGAAAAUGUUAGAAACAAGAGAUGGCCCUGCAACUGCAAUUUUGGGUUGCUUAAUUCUGGGCUGUUAAUCACAUGUCAAAAUAGUUCAAAGGAAAACAUGAAGCAGUUACUACAAAUGCUCCCUGCAGAGAUAGGAUAAGACCCACACCUGCCAAUGUUGGCAUGGGGUCUGCCUGGUUGUAUGGAGAACUGGGCACCCGGUGUCUACCCAGUUCUCUGAGUUCUUAUGCUGCAAGGGAGUCCCACACAAUCAGGAGCAUGUCAGAUGCAGAAGUGAGUGUGUCUGUGUGUGUCAGAGAUAAGGUUUUAUUUCUCUAAUUCUUAAUGAAAUCUCAUAAACUGGCCUCUGACAUAAAUUCCUUGAGGGACAGACAUGCAGCCCUAUCUGGGUUGUCACUGGAAUGAAUGACCAGAGUUUUAUUCCCCUCAUAGGCAACACAGGGACCUAAGGAUGAGGCUCCCUGGCUGGUAACUCCCUCUUUCCUGCUCUCACCACAAAAUCCUCCCUGACGAUCAGGUAACUCAGUGAAGCCAACCCUUUCUGCUGCUUUCUAGGCUCUGUCCCAGUCCAGGAAAUCUGAUCAAUAGCAGUCUGUGAGCCAGAAUGAGGCCUCCAGCUUGUUCCCUUCAAGUGUCCUCUGCAGGACUGGCUGCCAGCAUGGCCUUGAUAGCAUGGAAAUCCGAUCUCAUCACUCUCUGAUCACAGUCCUUUGUUGGCUCCCAUUGCAGGGAAUACAAGGUCUCUGUUUCUUUCUGGCAACUGCAGCAGGCACAUCUUGAAAAUUCUGAAAUAGACCCACUGAAUAUGUUCUGUUGAUUUUUGACAAAAGUGCAAAGACAAUUCAAUGGAAAAAGAAAAAUCUUUUCAGCAAAUUGUACUGGAACAAUUGUAUAUCUGAAUGGGAUUUGGCCUUAAUUUAAUA